CAAAACACACGCACACAACACAGCAGCAGCUGCUGAAAAAGAAAGAAGGGGAAACAGAAUCAGGGAAAGGGGGAAGAGGGAGAUUCGAGAAGGAGAGGGUGCCGGUGGAGGGGGGAAGUCCACGCCGCCACCAUCGCGUCACCGUCGACAAGCCUCGUCGCCGUCGCCAUUGGAGCCGCCGUCGAGGCAGAGCCGCGGAGAGGGAGUAAGACGCGAAGGAGAGGAGGCCGCGGGUCACCGUCCUCGAAGCCUCCGUCGUCACUGUGUAGAGCCGCCGCCGUCGUCAUCAUCGCGGGCUGCUGCUGCGCGUGUCAUCGCCGCCACCUCUGGGUCCGUCAUCGUCGAGCAGAGCCGUGGGGAAGCCACCGACGUCGCUGACGAAGAAGAGGGGAAGCGCGAGAGGGAGCCGCCGGGGAGAAUCGUCGCCGUCGCCGUUGAGCUCCUCCACCGCCGUUCGGGUCACUGGGAAAGUGGCUGUGAUCACCGGAACCACCAUCGGAGUUACCGCUGUUUCAGUUCAGCCGUUCUUCCUUGUCUGGGAUCGGGUCUUGCAUGCUGAGUUCUAUGACUGUUGCGUGCGACAUCAAGCUGCUGCGUCGAUACCGGAGCUGCCACUGUUCUGUUCUCUGGUUUAUUUGAUUAUGUUUUGGUUCUUGCGUGCCGUGAUUAGAGUUGCCGAGGAUGCGGCUGCCGCCGUUGCGGGCCGAGAGAAAACGGAGCUUUAUUGCGCGGUUGAAUCGCGAACGAGGUUGCCAUUGCAAUUGAUCAAAUGGAUAUCAAUGGGCAUGGUGAUGCUGAGGAGAACGUGGGAGAUGCUACAGAAAUACAAAUAUAGUGCUAAGAAUUUUGCACUCUAAAAAAACUAUAGGUAGGUUAGAAGAUUUCAUCUCUUAGCGAGACAUAACAUAUUGGAGGACAUUAUGUUGUUGGGUUAAUGACGUAAUACGGAUGGUUCUGCAAAAGAAACUGCUAUACUUUCUUUGCUUUGCUUCUCUGUGUUGAGUUGCUAUUGGACUACCCUUCAGAAAGCAUGACCCUCAUUUUCAGCGCAACCAAGUUUCGUAAAUGUGCCUUAUUACUCCACAACCUGAACUUUGCUGCACCCACCUCUUGUCUUUCGCUUAUGCUUCUUGGCAAACAUGUUGGAAAAGCACAAGGGGCUUCUUAUUCAACUGCAUUACCAGGCAAUGGUGGUUUCUUGAAAGAUGAAGACUUUGGAAAAUCAACGUUAGCAAUGGACCUUGCUUCUCUCGUUGAGGAAUCCUCCAAAAUUCUAGAGAGUAAACCCAGGAGUAGGAUGGAGUUCAAGAGAUUUCUUGAAAACCGAAUAAAGAAGAGGGUGAAGAAUCAGUUUGUGAAUGGAAAAUUUCGUGGUCUAAUGCAGAGCAUUUCCGAUGGAGAAACUCUACGUGAUGCUUAUAAUUGCAUCAGGAUUAACUCUAAUGUUGAUGCAGAGUCAAGAUAUGACAGUUGCUUUCUCGAUGACUUGGCAAAACAGCUCCAAGAUGGGAGUUUUAAUGCAAGUGCAAAUACUUUCUUUGUCUCAACAAGAGGAUUGAAUGACAAACAAGUUCUGGUCCUUCCCAAUUUGAGGUUGAAGGUAGUCCAGGAGGCCAUCAGAAUAGCUUUGGAAGUUGUUUACAAGCCACAUUUCUCGAAGAUCUCACAUGGCUGCCGAAGUGGUAGGGGUUGUGCCGCAGCAUUGAAGUAUAUCCGCAAAGGGGUUUUAAACCCUGACUGGUGGUUCACGUUGCUUGUAACCAAGAAGUUGGAUGCUGCUGUCUUGGCUAAGUUGAUUUUGGUAAUGGAGGAUAAGAUAGAAGAUCCUGCUUUAUUUGAUUUCAUUCGGAGCAUGUUUGAUUCUCAGGUGCUGAAUCUUGAGUUUGGGGGUUUCCCAAAGGGACAUGGUCUUCCACAAGAAGGGGUCUUGUCCCCUAUUCUAAUGAAUGUAUACCUUGACCUGUUUGACACCGAAUUCCACAGGUUGUCAAUGAAAUAUGAAGCUAUAUAUGAUGGAGUUGGAAUGCAUAAUGAUCAAGAUAACUCCUGCUCCAAGUUGCGUGGUUGGUUCAGGAGACAGCUAGAUGGUAAUAGUGAGUGUAUAGUUGAGAAGAAUUCCAGCGUCAAGGUUUACUCUUGUCGCUUUAUGGAUGAAAUGUUUUUGGCAAUAUCUGGUUCCAAGGAUUCUGCUGCUAAUUUUAAGUCCGAGAUCCAAAGUUAUUUGAAGGAUUCUUUGUUAUUGGAUGUUGUUCAAACUGAUUUAUUGCCUUGUGAAGGACCUCGUGGGAUACGCUUUCUAGGAACGUUAGUCAAAAGAAGUGUUACAGAGAGUCCUGGUGUAAAAGCUGUUCACAAGCUAAAAGAAAAAGUAGAGUUAUUUACAUUGCAAAAGGUAGAGGCUUGGAAUUAUGGGACAAUUAGAAUUGGGAAGAAAUGGCUAGGACAUGGUUUGAAGAAGGUUAAGGAAUCAGAAAUCAAGCAUUUAGCUGAUAGCAGUUCUAUACUGAAUAGGGUUUCCUGUUACCGCAAGUCUGGAAUGGAAACUGACCAUUGGUAUAAACACUUAAUGAAGAUAUGGAUACAAGAUGUUCAAACAAAACAUGCAAGUGAAGAAACUAUUUUAUCCAAGUGUGUUGCCGAACCAGCUCUUCCGUUAGAGCUAACAGAUUCCUUUUAUGAAUUUAAAAAACAGGCAGAGCAGUAUAUAACUUCAGAGGUAGCCUCUGUUGUUGAGCUUUUGCCAAAUAAUAACAGCUCAUUGGGAAAUAUGAUGACAAAAACUGAGAUUAUAGCUCCUCUAGAAGCAAUAAAAAAGCGUCUUUUAAGAUAUGGAUUGACCACUUCUAAUGGAUUCCCCCGUUCUACUAAUUUGCUUAUCAUGCAAGAUACAACUGAAAUUAUUGACUGGUUUUCGGGGAUCAUCAUCCGCUGGAUAAAAUGGUAUGAAAGCUGUGCUAACUUUAAUGAGAUAAAAAACUUAAUAUCAGAUCAAGUUAGGAAAUCUUGCAUUCGUACUUUAGCGGUGAAGUACCGCGUGCAUGAAACUGAUAUAGAAAAGCGGUUUGAUGUAGAACUCAGCAGGCUUCCGUCAACACAGGAUAUGGAGGUGGAAAUGACUAAUGAAAUGUCAGAUACUCAAGCUUUUGAAAACGAUGAGGCAUUAAUGUAUGGAAUUACUUACAGUGGUUUGUGUAUGUUAUCACUUGCAAGAAUUGUGACCGAGGCAAGACCAUGUAAUUGUUUUGUCAUAGGGUGCUCUUCUUCAGCACCGAGGGUCUAUACUCUUCAUGUUAUGGAAAGGCAGAAAUCUCCUAGUUGGAAGACUGGGUUUUCGACUUGCAUUCAUCCAAGCUUAAAUAAACGACGAAUAGGGUUGUGUAAGCAGCAUCUGAGGGAUUUGUAUCUAGGAUAUAUAUCACUUCAGUCCAUUGACUUUGGUGCAUGGAAGUGAGUGUCCACAAUUAUACCAGAAUCUUUAUCAGGAUUGGGUAUUGGUCAUGUAUUACUUCAGUCUAUUGAUGGUGAAGAACGGGUAGAGAUCAGGUAUAAGAUCAAGAUGAAUACUUAUAUCCAAUUCUUUUAAAACAUAAGAUAUACAUCAUAUACAUCCUUGUUUAGCUGGGUAAUGGCAAAUGCAGCAUGGUUUACAUGUCCUUCAAGCAGUCCUUACCACAUAACGCCAUGCUGUUUUUCCCGUUAAAUGAAGACAUUCAGUGAUUAGCAAGCAAGGACUGGAAUGAUUUGUUCCUUUCAAAGCUUGUCUCUGUGGUUAGUUGUGAUUGAUCAUAAGGCUUGCACCAUUGGUUUUGGGACUUUCGGCCUUUUUAAAGUGUCUUAUGGGAUGCUGGGUGACUUGGUCUAGGACAAUGCCACAAUGGUUUCACCGAAUUGUGUGGUAAUAUAGUCAUAAUUUUAGUAGUUGCCUUAAAUUUUAUUUACUUCGAAAUAUUUAUCUGUCAUGCUUAUGCAUUACCUUAGUUGACAUUAAUGUUCGGUAUGUGAAUCAGGCCUUCAGGGUAAUAUGUCUAUAAAUAUUGGACAUCUUGCUUAUUCCCUUGAUUUUUUACCUAUAAAUACUGCCCAUCUUCUACAGACUGCAUGCAUGCUCUUUUCUUCUGCAAGGUGACUUGUGCUAACUUUGUUUGGAUUGUUAGUUUCUUCCAUGGUAUUUUCUUCUUUUUUUAUGAUCCAUGAAUUGUCUGGUAAGAUUUAGUCCCUUUCAACUAAUUUAGUAUGUAGUCUUGUUAUUUUUUCUAUAACAAUUUUUUCCCCGUAAUUGUUAUUAAAGGUUAUGCCAAUUUAUGCUUAAUCAAAUAGACAAUUGGUUUGCAGAUACAACUAUGCUUUCUUGUGGGACUUGAAGAAUGGAACCGUGGUGUGUGCUCUGCUCUUUGCUUUUAUGGAGCUGAAAUCGUAUGCAUGCCCGCCUCUGUUAGUGACUUGUGACGAUGGAAGAGAUUCAUUUUUCUUGAAAUAAAAGAAAAAAUGCAGUUUCUCCGUUUCAAAUGAGUUAGAUGUAUACAUGUUAACAAGCAUUUCCUUAAGUUGUUUUAUAUGCUAUCCUUAUUCGUAGGCACGAAGUAUAUACUUUUUUCUGUAGAAAAAUCCGAACUAUAUGAGUGCUAAUUUGAUUCUUGUUUUCCGUGGCUCAAGUCUGUUUACAGUUUGCAUGAUAUUAGUGCAUCCAUAUUUGAACUUUGGACAUUAUGCAUAUUUACCCAAUAAUAAUGCUCUACAUCCAUACAAAAAUCAUCUACAAAACAAAGGUGAGGGAUUUUAAGUCCCCCUCUUGAGAGAGUAAUAGGCUCCCAAUCUUUGUUUUGAACUAGUUUAUUUAUUAAUUGAGAUAGACGCUCAAUACAAAGAACAAAAAGACAAAGGGAUAGGGGUCUCCCUGUCUUAUUCCCCUAGUUGGAGCGAGAUUCUGACGGAGAGUCAUUCCAAAGAAGGUUCAUAGUCGGUGUUGAGAUGUAGUAGUUAGCAACUUUUAUAAUAUUUUUUGGUAUAUCUGUGUCUCUGAGAAUGUCCAUCACAUAGGCCCAGUUAAUUCUAUCAUAGGAAAUUUUAGAAUAACGGCUAUUAAAGUCUUAUUAACGUCCGUAAUCGUCUCAGGUUCUUUAAAAACAUCUUUCACCCAGGCUAUAAGAGAUGUCUCCACCACAUCCCAAGUUUGUUGGUAGAGUUUGGCCGGAAGGCCAUCAUUAUUCAUUACCAGGAGCCUUCCAACUCCCCAUCGAAAAAACAACAUCCUUGAUCUCCUCAUUUGACACUUCUCUAGAUAAUGUUUCGUAAUUCGAGUCCUGUAACCUGGGAAAAAGAUUAGAAAUAGCAAAGGAAUUAUAAUUCAAGUUAG